UAUGAUGUUAAAGCGCCAAAUGUUGAUUAUGAUGUCAAAGCACAUGAUGUUGAUUAUGAUGUCAAAGCACCAAAUGUUGAUGGAGAUUAUGAUAUCAAAGCACCAAAUGUUGAUUAUGAUGUCAAAGCACCAAAUGUUGAUGUUGAUUAUGAUUUCAAAGCACCAAAUGUUGAUUAUAAUGCCAAAGCACCAGAUGUUGAUGUUGAUUAUGAUAUCAAAGCGCCAAAUGUUGAUUAUGAUGUCAAAUCACCAAAUCUUGAUGUUGAUUAUGAUGUCAAACUACCAAAUGCUGAUGUUGAUUAUGAUGUCAAAGCACCAAAUGUUGAUUAUGAUGUCAAAACACCAAAUGUUGAUGUUGAUUAUGGUGUCAAAGUACCAGAUGUUGAUGCCAAAAUUGAGACACCUGAAGCUGAAUCCAGAGGAUUCUUUGCCAGAAUGAAAGAUAACAUAACUGGUGCACUUUCCUCUGAUAAAAAUAAUGAUGUGAAUGUGAAGGCUGAUGCAGAUACCAACCUUUAUAAAAUGGCUGGACACAACGUUGCUGUACCCAUUUCUGAAACUGAUGUGAAUCUUAAGACUCCAUAUGUAAACCUUGGAGGUGAUGCUGAAAUCCCUACAACUGACCUUGAUGCUGACAUGAGCUGGAAAUCACCAAAUGUUGAUGGUGAUUAUGAUGUCAGAAGCACCAAAUGUUGAUGUUAAAGCACCAAAUG